CUGUACACCGAGUAUAAGCAGUCUCGAAUCAUUUUGGCUCUCUUUUCGCAAAAAACAACAGAAAAAUACAAUGAACUCUGAAGAACGUUACUCGCGAAAACAAGAGCUCACUAGUAGGUCCCAGAGCUCGUGCAUGGUGUGUGGGGAUCGAUCAUCCGGGAAACAUUACGGUGUGCUAUCAUGUGACGGUUGUCGCGGGUUUUUCAAGAGAAGCGUUCGACGAAAUCUUCAAUACAGUUGCAAGAAUAUUGGUGAAUGUGUCAUUGAUGUGAGCAGGCGCAAUCAAUGCCAAUCAUGUCGGCUGAAGAAAUGUUAUGAAGUUAACAUGAACCCAGAUGCUGUACAACAUGAACGAGCUCCCAGGUCUAUAUUGCACGCCAAGAAAUUAGCGGCCAAAAGAAAAUGUAAUUCACGGAAAGGCAGCAAGGCUGCAAAACUAGUGAAGCAUGAGACAAGUUCUGGAUCCGACUCACCCUACUCGUCCGCAGUAUCGGAAAACCAAUGGAACGGGUUAGAGAGCAGAACUGACACAGUUUUCACAGAUUUUGACUCUGGCUUUAAGAAAAAUGGCGACAAUGGUUUUUUCUUUGAUUACAACUACCCAAACGCAUAUCUUAAGAUCUCUCAAAAUAGCGCCAACAGCAAGGAGAUCCUCGUGAACAGACUCACUGAGCAGUCAUUACAAAGUGCGAAUGGACAUCAUAGCUCGACUGUUGUACAAUUCAAUGGUGUCAAUGGCGAGAGCUCGUCUCUCUAUGAUUACCAAAAGAACCAUUACCAAUUGAAUGUAAAUCAACUUGCCGUGCCACACGAUGACACCAACGCAAAUCGUCACUUCCGAAAAGGAGGAACACGUGAAAAGGAGGCCGAGAAUGAUAACAACAAUAUGACGAAGAAUCGUGCUGACAGAAAAUAUGCUACUGAUGUUAAAGAGCAUAGAACAUUUCAAGAACCAUUCUCAUGUACCUCCAUGAACCGUUGUCUUUAUGACUCUUCAAUUCAGUUGCUCUACAUGUCAGUUACCUGGGCACGGAAUGUUCAGUUGUUCGCCGAUCUGCCUUUUUGUGAUCAAGCUAUUCUACUUGAGGAAUCUUGGACUGAAUUGUUCAUACUGAAUGUCGUUCAUCAUCGUUUGCCUGUCGAUAACACCACACUGUUAUCAUCGAGCGAGUUGCCAUCACAAGCAGUUCCACCAACAAGAGAAUUGCUUACAGAUAUGAGAACGAUGCAAAAUGUUGUAGCUCGUUUUCAUCAACUUCAGAUGGACGAUGUUGAAUAUGCAUGCCUCAAGGCCUUGGUUCUUUUCAAGUCAGAACUUCGCGGACUAAGAGCCCCGAAUGAAAUCGAAAAAUUGCAAGAUCAAGCCCAGAUAAUCCUUGGCGAACAUUGCCAAAGAAAUGUCGAAACUCGUCAUAUCGCUCGCUUCGGAAAGCUUCUUCUUUCUUUGCCAUUGCUUCGUUCUGUCAACACAAAAAUGGUGGAAAAAGUCUUUUUUAAAAAAUCUUAUGAAGUCGUUUCCGUUGGAAAAAUCCUCUGUGAGAUGUUCAAAGCGUGUUGACUGUGUUGCAUGUUCUUGCAUUGGGAUGGAGAUUUCUCCAUGAAAAAGUGAAGAUUUUCGUUAAACAAGCUAACUUGCAAAAACAAGUUGAUGUUAUAUCCGAUUAGAAUUACUUGUGAGUUUACCGAACCGCGGAUUUUGUGAAAAAAGCCGUUACACAAUUAUUUAUAGGCGACUUCCUACUUUUUUUAUGUAUUUAAAUUUCAAAUAUAAAAGUAAAUGCUAUACAGUGGACAAAACAUUGUUGGCUCUGAUCCUCCCAUAAUCUGCUCAAGCACAAUUUCUAAGUACAAAACUCAAAUUUAAUUAAUUAAAUGCCAACAAAAGCGAAA